AUGUUAACUCUGAGCUCAAACAUCUACAUUGCUCUGGCGCUGCCCUUCCCACAUCCCUCCUCUUACUACUCUCGGCCCGGCGUAGUGACCAUGGCCCCAAAUUGUGGGCGGUCAAAGUCCGCCUCCCAGACGGAUGGCGAGCUAGACGAGUCCAUCAGCGAGACGAACUUGGCCUCGAUCUUUCGACUUAUCAUCCAAGGCAUGACCCCACGGAAAUACCACGAGACAGAGGAUAAAUCAUUGGCGGCGUUGAGGACUCCACAGUUCGAGGCCUUCUUGAAGGAGCUUGCCGUUCUACAGCUGGAGCAGAGCGGCCAAAUGAAAUGGUUCUAUGGCUACGUGCGAGUUAAGAAGAUUUGUAUUGAGCAGAAGUCGCAGUUGCGCAUGAGCGAGCACGCUCUCACACAGGCAGUACAGGAGCUUGGCCACGCCCGGCAUAUGCAUGAGGUGUACGAGGAUCAGAUGAGUGUUGCACGCAUCGAGCUUCAUGCCGCGAACGAAGCGAAUUCACUACUACAGCACCAGGYAAACCAGUUUCGCAGCCAAGCGGCACAUUCAUUCGAAGAGCUGGAGAAGCACCGUGCCGAAGCGGCGCGUGGACGAGAAGACUGCGAUGAUAUGGACAUCUCUGACACGGAGAAUGAUGCGCUACAGACAAAGAACUCCAUCCUCCAUGGCGACAAUCUCAUGGCCAAGUCCGACGGUGCUUGA